UUUUUUUAUCUCUCAACCAGAACGUCCCCACUUUAAUCUCUCCCUCCUUUAACCUGCUAUAAAAACCCACCUCUAAACCCUAAAAAUAAGCCAACGCCAACCCCAUCUCUUCUCUCUCUUUCAAAGCUCUCCCAUCCAGCCUUUUCUUUCAAAAUAUGGAAGCUCUCUACUUCCUCAAGUUCUGGAGACCCACCACCACCACCACUCAUAAAGAAAAUCGACCCUCUAGUGGAAGCAGUGAUGAUACCACCGAGAUCCCAUUCACAGAUUAUGAAUUUGAAGAAGGAGAAGACUCGUUUUUUGAAUUGGAACUUACUGUGCCUGAUUUUGACACCAAUAAAUGCGGCAGCAACAACACCACCAACAUCAACAACAAUCACCCACUAGACAAAGAAAACGUCUUUGACUCUAAACAAGCGCCUCUCUACAAAUUAGUUGACAAAGAGAGCCACAACCCUCAACACACAUUUCAGCAGCCAACGCUUUCAACCGAUCAUCUCCUUUCAAAGAGAAAAAUCCUCCCUAUCGAACCCAUUUCUUCAUCAAAACCUCAGUCACCAAUCUCCUUGCUAAAAUCAGCUCCAAGGUUUAAAGUCCUCAUGUUCAAGAAAUCGAAGUCAAUGGCAUCACAGAAAACAGAGAAAACAGGGGAAACGGAGUCCUUCAAUGCAAAUAGCAAAAAGCACGAAAGCAACAAGUUUUUUACUGUCAAACUCAAGCUUGAAGAGGUUACAAACGCUUCUUUUUUCACUAAACAAAACAGCUUGAGGAAGCAAAUCGCUAAUGAUUCUUAUGAUAAUGAUACAUCAAAGAGAUUUUCAAAGGAAAUGAUACAAAAGUACUUAAAGCUAAUCAAGCCAUUAUACAUCAAAGUUUCCAAGAGACAAAGCGACAAGAUGAGAUUCUCCGGUGAGUUAUCAGUUGGGUCUCCAUCAUCUUCCUCAGCAACGGUGUCGGCAAAGGAAAAGCAGGGGAGUUUUCCUGCAGGGAUUAGAGUGGUUUCUAGGCAUCUUGGGAAGAGCAAAUCAGCUUCAGCGACCACAGGAGUUUCUCCUCCAAUUGGGAGCAGGAGAGAUGAUUCUUUGCUGCUGCAGAAUGAUGGGAUUCAAAGUGCUAUCCUGCAUUGCAAGAAAUCUUUCAAUUCUUCUAGAGAUUCUUCUUUAAUGUCGAGAUUUUCAAGUGACCCUUUGCACGAGAAAUCAAUGGCUUCACCAAGAAUUUCGUCAAGUGAAGAGAAUGCAACCAAUUAAGCUUUAUUUCAUGGCAUUCAAGAGAGAACAAGCGGGAAAUAUACAAAGAAAAGAAAUUUAUUAGAUUUUUUUUUCGUUUUUAUCAUGUAAGAAAGAGAUGGAAAAAAAUAGAGAAAGCAGGGUAGUUUUUUUGUCUUUUUAGCCAUGAAUCAUGUAAGUUAGGAGGGAAGACAUUAGGGUUUAGUAGAACUGCUGUUGAUGCUGUAUUCUGUAAAGUGAUGGGUCAUCAUGAGAAACUUGAAACGAAGUCUGAGAUUGGAUCUCUGGCGUAUCCAAUCUAUAUGUAGUCUGCAGCUGUGUAUACCCAUGGAAAUAUUUUAGAUUGUCCUUCUUGUCAAGAAUGUAAUCAUAUCUGGAUUUGAUGACUGAAAUGACUUGAUCGGUUUGCACUA